AUGGCAUCGACUGGCAUUACAGUGAGCCCAAGCAAUGAUGCCUUGGACCUGGUUAUUGGACAGUUAGAUGGCGAUCAGUCCUCAUGUCAUACAACAGAGGUCAUGCUGCUCUACCUUGCGGUGCCUGGCUUUCCACUCACAAGGAUGCAAGUGCUCGAGUCUGAUUCAGUUGCAGCAGUGAAGCUUCGGAUACAGAAUAGCAAAGGAUUUGUGGCAAGAAACCAAAGGCUAGUGUUUGAAGGCCGAGAGCUCUCUCGCAAUGAUAGCCGUAUCCGCGACUAUGGCGUGAGGUAUGGGAGCGUGCUUCAUCUUGUGAUCCGAUUAUCGGAUCCACGGCGAACUGUUGUGAGGACAAUUUAUGGAAGGAAGUUUAAGAUCCAAGUAGACCAAGGUCGAAACACUAGACACAUGAAGGAGAUAAACAAAAAUUUUGAAUGCCCCUAUGAUAUUAAACAGAGCAUGUCUUUGGUCAGUGGUGAAAAGUUUGACGAAAUUACACUUAUCUCCAAUGUUUGUGAGAAAGAUAGUUUUGGUAUUGAUGACAAGUUUAGUGGAAAAGAAAUAGAUAAAUGUUUUGAGCAACUAUCUAUUAUUGGUGCUAACAUUGGAAAUACAUUUCAAUCUGAUGUUGGCGUGAAGAAAUAUCCAUUGAUCGAACCGGUUCUUGUCAACCCAAGUGUUACCCUUACUCCAACUAUUAUGGGUAUGAUCCAAGCUACACUUGCUGGACUAGAAAAGAAGCACACACCCGUGAUGUCCUCAGAGGGCACUGGGGGAGUCUACUUCAUGCUAGAUCCAUCAGGUCAAGAGUAUGUUGCGGUUUUUAAGCCGGUAAAUGAAGAGCCAAUGGCGAAGGACAAUCCUAACGGGUACCCUUUGUCGAGCGAUGGGGAAGGGUUAAAGAGAGGAACACGAGUUGGUGAAGGUGCAUUCAGGGAGGUUGCUGCGUACAUUCUUGACCAUCCCAUUAGCGGAUAUCGUGCGUGUGAUGAGCAUGGGUUUGCUGGUGUCCCUCCAACUGUUCUUGUUCGAUGCAUGCAUGUUUCUACUGAUCAGACUCGAUGUGAUUGCACGGAGAACAAACCAAAAAUUGGAUCCUUGCAGAUGUUCAUGAAGAAUUCUGGGAGUUGCGAGGACAUUGGUCCAACUUUUUUCCCUGUGCGAGAGGUGCAUAAGAUCGCUAUUUUGGAUAUGAGACUGGCUAAUACAGAUCGCCAUGGUGGCAACAUAUUGAUCCAUAAGGAUGAGAAUGGGCAGAUUGGGCUGGUGCCAAUUGAUCAUGGAUAUUGUUUGCCUGAAAGUUUCGAAGACUGCACAUUUGAUUGGCUUUAUUGGCCCCAAGCACGCCAACCUUUCAAUGAUGAAACCAUCAACUACGUAAAGUCACUUAAUGAGGAAGAGGAUGUCAAGUUGCUCAAGCUCCAUGGUUGUGAACCAUCCUCUAAAUGUGUUCGUGUUCUUCGUGUAAGCACCAUGAUGCUAAAGAAGGGUGUUGCGAGAGGCCUAACUCCUUAUGAGAUUGGUAACAUGUUGUGUAGGGAGAACAUCACAACCAAAUCGAAGAUCGAAGAGAUUGUUGAAGAGGCAGAAAAUAUUGUCCUUCCUGGGACAAGUGAAGAGGGCUUCAUGGAAGCCAUCUCAAGGAUCAUGGAUCACCGUCUUAAUGAAAUUUUUAACUGA